UGUAUGAAAUUUUAAUUUGUACUGACUUGGCUGUCCAAAGAGACUGUGCUGAUGUUGUUUUGUUUUAGUGAUUGGAGGUUCUUGCUAUGUGUAUGUGAAUUUCCUCAGAAACUUGUUUUAAGCUUGGCAUCAGCUAGUCAUUUCUCCAGUGGGCUGGGCUUCUUGGUGGAAUAAAAGAGAAUAGAGAAGUUUUCCAAAUAUAGGACUGCUUAUUAAACUAGCAUACACAAAGUUACUUAAACUAAACAAAUCCACCUCCAUAGUGCUUUAUAAUUACAGUAGAAUUAGCUCCUUAAGACUUUGGUAGGCUUUUACCUAUAUCUUCACUAGCAAAUAACAUCCUUGAAUGUCAACACCGUCUCGCCAAAUAGUUUUUACAGCACUGACAGGAAUAUAGAAGAGCUGGUAUGAUUUAGGGCCUUAGAUUCUUUCUCACUCCCUGCUAAAAGGAAAUAAACAGACCUAGCUUUACCUCCCCUUCCUAGGUUUCAGUGAGGGAAGAGGCUAUGUUCUACUAUGCUGUGAGUGUAUGGCUAUAUUGGAGCAAAUUUUCCAUGACCUAUUUUCUGGUUGGGCCUUUUUCCUCUGAAAAUAAUUGCCAGAUAACUAUGGGGAAAGAGGGAAAACCUUUCAGAAUCCUUAACAUUUGGGGAGAAUAAAUCCAGUUUAAAAAAAAAUAUUCUCAGGCUUUUUUCUUUUACUUGUGAUAGUAUAUUCUGUCGUACCAUGUUUCUGUGUGGGAUGACUUUUCCAAACAUGACUGAGUUUGACUGUAUUAUGCUAUUACUGUUUGUUCUGAUAGAAUAAAAGUUUAACAUUUAAACAAAUAUUUUAAAUCUUUAAAAAAGCUUUAAGGGAGGAUUUGCAAUAAUACAGCAGACUUAUUUGAUGAUAUAAUAGUCUUUCAAAUGCAGUCAAUAUUUUAAUUUAUGUACAUAAUACUAUUUUGGAUACUUACUGAAUUUUUCUUUUUUUUUUUCUUUUAUGCAAAGAGUUAGGAGGCUCAUACUGGACAUAAUGUGAACGGGCUAUUUUCCAUUCCAGUAAAUGGCUUACAUUCCAUUUCCAUAAUUGUUGAUACUGGUAUAAUCUUAUGUCUGAGUGUUAAGGCCAGCAGUGAUCCUUUAUAAGAAGGAGGGAGGGGAAGAUCCUUUGGAAACUUGAGAUGUAAGAUGUUCAACUCUGAAGUCCAGGAAAAGAGAUGUGAACAAUUCAGAAGCUUUAUCCACGCUUUUUCCACUUCUGUAUUCUUGGGUGCUUUUAAAAACAAUUAGUCAUGGAAGAGGAAAGAAUGAAACUUACUUGAAAUAUUGGGAUUGGUGUUAUAGAGAAUACACAAAAGUUCCACAAUGGAAGAAAGGGCAAAUGGUACAGUGGCUCAUAACUCACUGGCUGAAUACUCUCCCAUCAAGGAAGCAGGCAAUCCAGAUUCAAGUGACAGCUGUGAAAUGUGUGAAAGAAACAAAGAAACAAUGCAGCUGAAGAAAGAAAUCUCUUUGCUUAAUGGAAUCAGCCUCAUUGUAGGCAACAUGAUUGGUUCAGGCAUCUUUGUCUCGCCUAAAGGAGUUCUCAUCUACAGUGCCUCCUAUGGAUUGUCGCUAAUAAUCUGGGCAACCGGGGGGAUUUUUUCAGUGUUUGGAGCACUCUGCUAUGCUGAACUGGGAACCACUAUUACCAAGUCAGGAGCCAGCUAUGCAUAUAUCUUGGAGGCCUUUGGGAGCUUUAUUGCUUUUAUUCGCUUAUGGACCUCAUUAUUAAUUGUUGAGCCAACUAGUCAGGCAAUUAUUGCAAUAACCUUUGCUAACUACAUUGUGCAGCCUGUCUUCCCUUCUUGUGAGCCUCCUUAUGUUGCCUGUCGUCUCAUCGCAGCUGCUUGUAUAUGUCUUCUAACAUUUAUAAAUUGUGCCUAUGUUAAAUGGGGAACAAGGGUGCAGGAUGUAUUCACGUAUGCUAAAGUCAUUGCCCUUAUUGUUAUCAUCAUAACAGGAAUUGUUAAACUAUGCCAGGGACAUUCAGGACACUUUCAGAAUUCCUUUGAGGGAUCUUCUUGGGACCUAGGAGACAUUUCUCUUGCACUGUAUUCUGCCCUGUUCUCUUACUCAGGAUGGGAUACCCUUAAUUUUGUAACAGAAGAAAUCAAAAACCCAGAAAGGAAUCUGCCACUGGCUAUUGCAGUUUCUAUGCCCAUUGUGACGGUUAUCUAUAUUUUGACCAACAUAGCUUACUAUACGGUGUUGGAUAUUCAUGCUGUUCUUUCUAGUGAUGCUGUGGCGGUGACAUUUGCUGACCAGGUGUUCGGCAUUUUCAGUUGGACAGUUCCUGUUGCUGUAGCUGUUUCAUGUUUUGGUGGACUUAAUGCAUCAAUUUUAGCAUCAUCUAGGCUAUUUUUUGUAGGAUCCAGGGAAGGUCAUCUCCCUGAUCUAUUGUCCAUGAUCCAUAUAGGGAGGUUCACACCUGUACCAGCACUACUGUUCAAUUGUACCAUGGCCCUCAUUUAUCUGACUGUAGAAGAUGUCUUCCAGCUUAUUAACUACUUCAGUUUCAGCUACUGGUUUUUUGUGGGACUAUCAAUAGCUGGGCAGUUAUACCUCCGCUGGAAGGAACCAGAUCGACCCAGGCCUCUCAAGUUGAGCCUAUUUUUCCCAAUAGCUUUCUGUAUAUGCUCAGUAUUUCUGGUGGUGGUGCCUCUAUAUAGUGACACUAUUAAUUCAUUGAUCGGAAUUGGCAUUGCUAUAUCUGGAAUUCCAGUCUAUUUCAUUGGAGUCUACUUGCCCAUUUCCAGAAGACCUCCAUUUAUCAACAACAUCUUAGGUACUAUCACUGAAGCCACCCAGGUGCUUUGUUACAGUGUUUUGACAGAGAUGGACAGUGAAAAUAAGAAAUUAGAGACCAAAUCUAACUAAAAAUUUAAAGCAGUUCCAAAAACAGCAGAGAACCAAGCAAAAGUUACUAACAGGGACAGAAGAGAAUCAGAGAAUAUGGGGCAACUGAAGAACCAUUGGAGCCAGGAACAGAUGUACCAGCUAUUACUGAAGAGGGAUGCUUGGGUGUAUAAUACUCCCUCCCAUGAUCUGUAGUUGAAGUAGUGUCAAAUCACAUUAUUAUAGGUAAUCAUUAGCCAGUCACUUCAGACAUGGAAACAAUGUCUGAACUAUUCAUUAUAGUUUGAGGCCAAUGGAAAAUCUCGUAGAAAUGGGAUUUAAGUAGUAAGGGGAAACAGAUUCUAGAAUAAUAGAGCUGAGUGAGCAAAUUAAACGUACUUUGGAGAACUAGGUAGCAGAAUAAUGAAGCAUUUUAAGUACAAUUAGGGUGACCAGAUGAGACAUGAAAUAUCGGGACACUGGCAGAGCAAAAAAAAAAAAAAAAAAAGCAAGCAAGCAAGUUGCAGGAGCAUAGGAAAAAUGGGUAGAGGCUGAGCUCCCACCUGCAGCUCACUGCCCUGCCUCCCCCCACCACCACCACCACCACACCAGCUCACCUCUGCCUCCAUGCUUAGGGAAGAGGCGGAACCAGGGUGUGGAUUUUGGGAGGGAUCCAAUGGGGCAAGGAGGGGGCAGAGUCAGGGCAGAGUUUGGGGCAUGAGCCCCCUCCACCUGCGUGCCAGAGGGCAAAAUAUUAAGACAAUGUGUCCCAACUGAACAUCGGGUGGGAUGCAGGACAAACAAGUAAAUAUUGGGACCUCUGGUCACCCUAAGUACAGUUGAAAACUACUCCAAGUCAGAAGUGACCAAAAGCCAUUCAUAUCUGAUGGAUGCUCAGUGGCCUAUGUGAAGUGACUUGCUUGGGAAUUGGACCCUUAUCCCAGUAGACAGGCAUCCAUAACAAACAUUCGUCAUUGGCAUUUGCAGCAGAUUGAAUCGGCAUAUAAAGACUGCCCUACCCUUUCUCCUCUA